CAGUAAAUGUGUUGUGAUGCCGCGCGCCCAACAAACACCGAGCGGACUGUCCGAGGCUGCGGGAGCGCACGGUGCCACCGGGUCACACGCUCCGUGAGAUGCUGCCGCCGCUCGGCCGCCGAGCCGCCGCUGCGCGCAGUCUGGCUGCAGAUCAAAGCAGGAGUGUGUGCGUGAGUGUGUGUGUGUGUCUCUGGGGAUGUGAGCAGUGAUGGACAGCUGUUGGGACGCUGAUUCAGGGCACAGGGUGACCACAUAUUGACCGCGCGGAUCGAGAGGCUGAACCAUGGAGCAGGGAGCAUUUGUGUGCCAGAGGAGGAGGAGGAGGAGGAGGAGCGGCUGACUCUGCUCCUCCGCUCCGAUCACUGUGUGUGAGGAUCGUGAUGAUGCUGUUUGGACAAACGUGAGGCUGUGACACGUCCAGGCUGCGCUGUGUGCUCAGUGCAGGUGCACCAGGACCUGACGGGACCGAAUCAGAGCCUCCAACAUGGGAUCCACCUCCUCAUCCUCCCCCCACCUCCACCUCCGCCUCCACCUCCGCCUGUAGGAGCACAGCCAACAUGUCCGCACAUCUAACGGAUCCACAGUAAUUGAUGGUGUUGCGCUAUGAUCUCUGGGGACUGUUGGAGAUGUGUCAUGGUUUUAUUUCUUCCAGAGCGCGCGCUGCCGUGCACGGUCUCCAUGGAUGUGGUUAAUUGGGCCCAAUGAUGUAGAGCCAGAUCCACCUGGAGCUAAUGUUCCCUCCUCUCGUGGCCAAGCUGGCUCCCCUGUGACUUCUGCGCAUGUUCAAUUGUUUUUAUUCCCUCGUGCUCACUGCUGUGGAUCAUCUCCUUAUUAAAUCUGUUAAAAUGAAUAUUAGCCUCUAACGGAAGUGAUUUACAUGCGCGGGCUCGUGCUGAUUCUAACUAUGGAGGACACAACUUGUGACAGACAUGUAAUGCGCCUCAUGUUUGAGACUAAAUAAGUUCCUGCUUUUAUACUUGACUGGAACAAACUGUGUGUGUGUGUGUGCGUGUGUGUGUGCGUGUGUGUGUGCGCAGAGGCACAUUUCUGUCACCAUGUCCAGAUCAAACAGUGUCAGCCCACCCGGAGUCGGUGCUCCCGGGCUGAGGGGAGGGACCGAGCACAGAUCAGCUUGGGGAGAGUCUGAGUCCGUGGCCAACGGGUGCCCAUACUCGGCCAGAUCCCCGCGCAAGAAGCUGACCCGGACCAACAGUCGGUGGAGGGAAGAGGAUGAUCCGGAGCACCGGCAGCCCGGCCGAGCCACCACCACCGUCAGCAGGGUCAGCUUCAGGUCCAGGUCGGCUUGGCAGGACCAUGGCGAGGAAAGCCGAGACAAGAACCGCGCGUCCCCGAAACGUCCGGACGGCGAGGUGAGACCCAAGUCGGUGGAGCUGGGCCUGGAGGAGCGCAGAGCCAAGCCGAGGAGCGAGGAGGAGGAGGUCAUGCCCGAAAUGAACUUUUCUCUGGUGGCGUGCUGCACCAGCGUCAUGCACAUUUUCAAAUCCAAGAAGUUCCAGUCGGAGAAGUUGGAGCGGCUCUACCAGCGCUACUUCUUCCGCCUCAACCAGAGCAGCCUGACCAUGCUCAUGGCCGUGCUGGUCCUGGUCUUCACCGUCAUGCUGGGCUUCCACUGCUCCAGCGGGACAGCGACGCCCAACAUCACCUAUGUGGUGGUGUUUUCCUUAGCCAUCUUCCUCACACUCAUCCUCAUGGUGGUCUGCAACAGGAACAGCUUCCACCAGGACCACAUGUGGAUCGUGUGCUAUGUGGUCAUCUUGGUGGUGCUGCUGAUCCAGGUGAUCGGGGUGCUGUUCGUGCAGCCCAGAAGUGCCUCGGAGGGAAUCUGGUGGACCGUGUUCUUUAUCCAUGUCAUCUACACCCUGCUGCCCGUCAGGAUGCGCGCCGCCGUCAUCACUGGAGUUAUUCUGUCCGCCGUCCACGUGGCUGUGUCUUGGAUGUUAAACGGGGUGGACAGCUUCCUGUGGAAACAGAUAGUGUCCAACGUGCUGAUCUUCUCCUGCACCAACAUCGUGGGAGUCUGCACCCAUUACCCCGCUGAAGGCUCCCAGAGGCAGGCCUUCCAGGAGACCAGGGAAUGCAUCCAGGCUCGCCUCCACUCCCAGAGGGAAAACCAGCAGCAGGAACGUCUCCUGCUCUCAGUGCUUCCCCGCCACGUUGCCAUGGAGAUGAAAGCUGACAUAAACGCCAAGCAGGAGGACAUGAUGUUUCACAAGAUCUACAUCCAGAAACAUGACAAUGUCAGCAUCUUAUUCGCAGACAUCGAGGGUUUCACCAGCCUGGCCUCCCAGUGCACAGCGCAGGAGUUGGUGAUGACGCUGAAUGAACUCUUCGCCCGCUUCGACAAGCUGGCAGCGGAGAACCACUGUCUGCGGAUCAAGAUCCUGGGAGACUGCUACUACUGCGUGUCCGGGCUGCCGGAGGCGAGGGCCGACCACGCCCACUGCUGCGUGGAGAUGGGGAUGGACAUGAUCGAGGCCAUCUCGCUGGUCCGUGAGGUGACGGGUGUGAACGUGAACAUGAGAGUGGGCAUCCACAGCGGCAGGGUGCACUGUGGGGUGCUGGGACUCAGGAAGUGGCAGUUUGACGUCUGGUCCAAUGAUGUCACACUGGCCAAUCAGAUGGAGGCUGGGGGCCAAGCUGGGCGGAUCCACAUCACAAAGGCCACCCUGAAUUACCUGAACGGGGACUACGAUGUGGAGCACGGAGCGGGGGGAGAGAGAAACCCCUACCUGAAGAAGCACAACAUAGAAACCUACCUCAUUGUGGGCUGCAGUCAGAAGAGGAAAGAGGAGAAGGCCAUGAUCGCCAAAAUGAACCGGCAGAGGACCAACUCUGUCACACACAACAGCGGCCACUGGACCGACCGACCCUUCUACAACCACCUGGGAGGAAACCAGGUGUCCAAGGAGAUGAAGAGGAUGGGAUUUGAAGACCCCAAAGACAAACAUUUCAUUUUCAGAAACACGCAGGAGAACCUAAACCCCGAGGACGAGGUGGACGAGUUCCUGGGCCGCGCCAUCGACGCACGCAGCAUCGACCGGCUGCGCUCCGAACACGUCAAGAAGUUCCUGCUCACCUUCAGAGAGCCUGACCUGGAGAAAAAGUACUCCAAACAGGUGGACUCCAGGUUCGGAGCGUACGUGGCCUGCGCCUCCCUCGUCUUUCUCUUCAUUUGCUUCAUCCAGAUCGUCAUCGUGCCGCCCUCCGGCCUGAUGAUCGGCUUCUUCGUCACCUGUCUCAUUAUCCUGAUGGCUGUCAUGUUCGUCUCCACCGUGUACUGCUGUUUUGGGCUCUUCCCGGUCCCUCUGCAGACUCUGUCUAAGAGGAUAGUCCAGUCCAGACUCAACAGCACCCUGGUGGGCGUCUUCACCAUCAUCAUCGUCUUUCUCUCUGCUUUCAUCAACAUUUUCACCUGCAGCAGCCUGGACCUGCGGAGCUGCAUCAGGACGGAGCUCAACAUCAGUCUGGCCGCUGUGAACGCCUGCCACGCCCACCUCCUCAACUACAGCCUGGACACACAGCAGAGCUCCUGUGGAGACAACGGCCCCAUCUGCAGCUUACCUGAGUACUUCUCGUCGUGCGUGCUGCUCAGCCUGCUGGCGUGCUCCGUCUUCCUGCAGAUCAGCAGCAUCGGGAAACUCUUCCUCAUGCUCUUCAUCGAGCUGCUCUACCUCCUCAUCAUGGAGGUGCCCACAGUCACCCUGUUUGACAACCAGGACCUGCUGGUGAUGGCCAACGCCGUCAACUUUGUCCCGCACAUCAACGGAACAAGCUGUGUGGUGGACUCCAAAGUUCCUCUGAAGAUCGUGACCCCAGUGGUCAUCACUGUCUUCGUCCUCGCCCUGUACCUUCACGCCCAGCAGGUGGAGUCAACGGCCAGGCUCGACUUCCUGUGGAAGCUGCAGGCCACAGAGGAGAAGGAGGAGAUGGAGGAGCUGCAGGCCUACAACCGCCGCCUGCUCCACAACAUUCUGCCCAAAGACGUAGCCGCCCACUUCCUGCAGCGCGAACGGCGUAACGACGAGCUCUACUACCAGUCGUGUGAGUGCGUGGCGGUCAUGUUCGCCUCCAUCAGCAACUUCUCAGAGUUCUACGUGGAGCUGGAGGCCAACAACGAGGGAGUGGAGUGUCUGCGGCUGCUCAACGAGAUCAUCGCCGACUUUGAUGAGAUCAUCAGUGAGGAUCAGUUCCGUCAGCUGGAGAAGAUCAAGACCAUCGGCUCCACCUACAUGGCGGCGUCCGGCCUCAACGACUCCACGUACGACAAGGCCGGGCGCUCGCACAUCCGCGCCCUGGCCGACUACGCCAUGAGGAUGAUGGACCAAAUGAAAUACAUCAAUGAACACUCCUUCAACAACUUCAAGAUGAAGAUAGGUCUUAAUAUGGGCCCUGUGGUUGCCGGGGUGAUCGGGGCCAGGAAGCCUCAAUACGACAUCUGGGGAAACACGGUGAAUGUGGCGAGCCGCAUGGACAGCACAGGAGUACCUGAGAGGAUCCAGGUGACUGCCGACCUGUACCAGGUACUGAGCUCCUAUAACUACACACUAGAAUACAGAGGUUUGGUCACAGUCAAAGGAAAAGGAGAGAUGAUGACGUACUUCCUCACCGGUGGACCAUCGAGCAGUUAACCCCCCCUCUGACGCCGCCUUGGACAUAACGAGCAGGCUCAUGGACCUCUGAUAGCUCACGGCGGACUGAGACGGACCGCAGUGUCCCUCCUAACAGCGCCGAUCCUUUCUUAAACCUUGUGAGGCCACAGCGGGGACGGAUGGGAGAACUCAUCCCAAAGCUCAGCCUGCAGAGGACACGACCACAAGCGGGACAGGCUCAGCUCGCCUCACUAUGAGACCAAAGAUAUCCGAUCAGUGCAUGAGGACAGACGUCCCCAGCUGUGAGAGUCUGCGUCCUAAUGGAAGAAUGUUCUCUGAGAAACUUACUUUGCUUCAAUCUGCCAGAUCUUAAAGGUUUGGGGACAAACCUGCAGCAGGACAUGAACUACGCCACUUCCUGUUUCUCUGCCUUUCUCCUGCUGAACUUUAUACGUACAUGUAAAACAGACUGUUUUAUGUGUAUGAUUAAUGUACUGUAUGUGUCCAUGUUGUGGCGGUGCAGGUACGAACCUCUGAAGUGUGGACACUCAGCACUGCAGCACAUCCGUCCUCUCAUCAAUAUCUGAUCACUGCAGUAAUACACAGACUGACGGAGGAGUCGCAGUGACGCUACGUGUCCACAGGGGGCGUUUCUGGAUGUGAGGGGUCAUUGGGCGCUUGAUGGGCGUGCCGUUUGGUCUGUGGGCUGUCUGCUCCCGGAUCUGACACUGAAACAACAUGGCGGCUCAUUUGGAAACAUUCUGACAUUAAAAAACUGUUUACUGAAAUGUUUCUGAAACAUCUGAGGAAAGAAAUAGGACAUGAAUCAAUGGUAAGUUAUGAGGUUGUCUGGGAGUUUCCAGAGGCGGCGAGUCACGUACGCUGCCCCUGAUUUGCAUAAAGAAGCAGAGAUUCAACUUUAUGCAAAUCUCUCAAAACGCACUACAGCAGCUGCUUACAGCGUGGAGGUGACGGAUCCUGUGGACACGUACGACACUGCAGUCACACCAAAUCUGACGCUGUGGCAAAAACGGAAAAAGUGUUGCAGUGAAAAGUUGAAACAGAUUCAACUUUUGGAGAAACACAACCUGACGUCACGCUGCAGGGGCCAAUCACAUGAUCAGCCCACAGUCUGUGUCUAUCGUUACAUAUCACAGUGAGGUGAAGAAAUGAAGUAUGAACGGCACAUGUGUGCUGUGACAGCAGGUCAGGGUCCGCCCCUCCAGGAUGUUUCCAUCACAACAGUUAACGCAAAUUCAGCCACUCACCAUAAAUUCUGUCCAGUCACCACAAUUUAACCACGAAUUAGUUUAAAAGAGGUGAAAUGUGACGUCACUGUAGAGCUGCGUGCAGCGUGUUGUGUCACUCUGACACUCCUGCUCUCUCUGCACCUGUUACACCCGGUAAAGUUACACAGUCAGGCUAACUGUUAGCAUCAUACCGCUAACAUUACAAAGGUAUUAACCUGUCGAACUGCAGAGACGAGCUGUUUGUGUCGGUGUCAGAUUGUCUGACGUGUUAGCUCGUGCUGCCCAGGCAGAGAGAGCAGGAUGUGAGAGGCUGAAGGAGGCGGUCCUUCAGUGCGGCGCUGCACACAGAAAAAGAGCCGGUGAUAUCCUCGAAGGACCGACGAUCCUUCGAAAACACGCUUUGUGUCAGUGAUGAUAAUCAAAAAGAAUUCGACAGAUCUUUAAAGGAUAACUUCAGCAUUUUUCAACAUGGACCCUGUUUCCCUGUGUAACUCAGUCAGAGACUGAUGUGAACAGCAGUUUUGAAACUGGUCCAGUACUGAGGGAGCAGGCAGCGACCGGCAGGCUGUAAUGGAGGCACACGGGGCAACUGAACACCGUCACUGUGUUUGUUAACGUGGUGUCUUUGAUCGAUGUACACGGUGAAACAGGGUCCAUAAUGAAAAACGCCAAAGUUAUCGUACAAGCAAACAUAAACUGACUGAAGACAAAAACUCAGUCGCAGAGAUCGGCUUAAAGUGACCCUCCCACACCGCCGCACAACCUGCAGCUGAUCGCCACAACGCCUGAUUUGGUGUGAACGCAGCCUGAGUUUUGUCUCAGCGAUGAAGACAGACGAGAACGUCCCUCACAGACGUUUUAUGGUGCGAACAGAGGAAACACUGCGCAGUGUUUACAGAAAGCUUCUCGUAUAAAGUCACAAAGUUCCACUAAAGUAUCAACAGUAAACACACACACACACACACACACACACACACACACACACACACACACACACACACACUGAGGAUGUCAACGAAGAGCUUUUUCUAAUCUUCUGCAUUUUGUAUUUUGACUUGAGAACACCAAACCCUCUGAGAUAUUUUCAGAUUCUAUAUUUUGUACAUUAAUAUAUUAGAGCGCUCUAUAAACACCGACGUGUAUUCACAUGUACAUACUGUAUCACUCAUGGGGGGGGGGGGCGUCCUCUGUAGCUUCAGCAGGUCGACCUUCUCUCCUUCACACAGGAAGUUACCGUUUGCUGACGUCAGACUCAGAGAGUUCGCACUUUGAAAGACAGACUAGAGGACAUGAAUGCAUCUGUCUUUUUUCAGCCGUCCACCCCUCCUGCAUUGCCCCCCCCCCCUCCUCGCUUGCUCAAUCAGAUGGUACGACCCAAUGAAUGUCCAACGAUCUCCGAUGAGGCCUUUAAUAUGAACUCUGUACUGACGGCGGUGAUGAAGCUCAUCCUGUGGACGGGGAAAGACGAGCCCGUGUGGAAAUGUGCCCUUUGAUUUUCUAAUCAGAUGAGUUUUUUUCAGUAUUACAGCAUCACGCCAUCAGACACACUGUCUUUACCUGACGGGUUUAUUUCUGUCAUCACCAAACACUACAGCUGCUCCUGUUUGUCACUGAGUCACAGUUCAGUCUGCAGCAAACAUCUGGACUCAGCGUCAAGUUUUAACUGACAAGACUGACGAAUAAAUAAAUUUGAGACAAAAGCUUGAAGGAAUUCUUCGCCUGAUAAAUGUUCGUACAUUAGUUACUGAAUUUGUGUGUCUUUGAAAUCAGGAAGAAAACUUUGGUUGUCUCACAGUGCUCCAUGUUGAAUGGAGAAUCUGAACAUUCUUCAUGAACUGAAGUCACAGCGGUCUGAGUUUAAACAUCCAGCCUGUAUCAAACACAGACUCACACACACAUCCUGCAGUUUAAUCCAAGUCUCAUUGAUCCAGUCGUAUGAUCAGGACUUAAAGGGAUAGUGCACCCAAAAAUGAAAAUUCACUUUUAGAGUCCUCACAUCACUUGCAGAGAUCCAA